AUGCCGUUCCCCUUUGGCAAGUCCCACAAGUCGCCGGCRGACAUCGUCAAGAACCUGAAGGACAGCAUGACGGUGUUGGAGAAACAUGACAUCUCUGACAAGAAGGCUGAGAAGGCCACAGAGGAGGUGUCUAAGAGCCUGGUGGCGAUGAAGGAGAUUCUGUAUGGCACCAAUGAGAAGGAGCCCCAGACAGAGGCGGUGGCCCAGCUGGCCCAGGAGCUCUACAACAGCGGCCUGCUCAGCACCCUCGUAGCUGACCUGCAGCUCAUCGACUUUGAGGGUAAGAAGGAUGUGGCUCAGAUCUUCAACAACAUUCUGAGACGUCAGAUCGGGACGCGGACGCCCACAGUGGAGUACCUCUGCACUCAGCAGAACAUCCUCUUCAUGCUGCUCAAAGGGUACGAGUCUCCAGAGAUYGCUCUGAACUGUGGCAUCAUGCUGAGGGAGUGUAUCAGGCACGAGCCACUGGCCAAGAUCACCCUGGGGGCCGAGCAGUUCUACGACUUCUUCAGAUACGUGGAGAUGUCCACGUUCGACAUCGCUUCAGACGCAUUCGCCACUUUUAAAGACUUGCUAACGAGACACAAGAUUCUGAGUGCAGAGUUCCUGGAGCAGCAUUACGACAGGUUCUUCAGUGAAUAUGAGAAGUUACUCCACUCAGAGAACUACGUGACUAAAAGGCAGUCCCUCAAGUUGCUGGGAGAGCUUCUUCUCGAUCGACACAAUUUCACCAUCAUGACGAAAUACAUCAGCAAGCCAGAGAACCUCAAGCUAAUGAUGAACCUUCUUCGGGACAAAAGCCGCAACAUCCAGUUUGAGGCCUUCCACGUCUUCAAGGUGUUUGUGGCCAACCCCAACAAGACACAGCCCAUCUUGGACAUUCUUCUGAAGAACCAGACCAAACUCAUCGAGUUCCUCUCCAAGUUCCAGAACGACAGGACGGAGGACGAACAGUUCAACGAUGAAAAGACGUAUCUGGUCAAACAGAUCAAAGAUCUGAAGAGGCCAGCCCCCCAGGAGGCCUGAGGGAGGGGCUUAAGGUGUCCAGACAACAUCUGGAUAACAGACAUGUCAGCAGCUGCUGCUGUUCUAGUUUUUCCACCAUUUGAGGAAACGAAACAAAAAAAUAAUGCACCCACAUCAAGUCAUCAGGAAUUCUCCAGCUCAUUCUGCUGUUCAACACAACGGACAUUAGAUUUUUCUUCUGAUUUAUUUUUCUCCUUUAAAAAGAAGAGCUGAACAUAAUAGAUGCUGCACAUUAAGACAUGUGGAAGAGUAACAUCAACAACACAACAAAGGUCAUUCARGCAAAUAGUAACAAUGAAAUCUACUACAUCUGAGCGCUAUGCAGACUUCUGACGCACACACAUAUAAUGCUAUAAUAUCAGCAUAAAACUUGAGAUGGCAAGGUACUAGCAAAGUGAACAUUGGGGUGUUGGUUGCAUGCCUUGUUCAAAUGUGACAGAUCCAUGGCUGUGCUUGGGGCUAAACGCUGGCUGAGAGAUUACAUUUCCAGUCUUGCCCUGUCUACUUAGUGCCACAGACGGCAAAAAGCACAUACCAGCUACAACUCUUAUCUAUGCCUUCAUCGUGCGCAACAGUGAUGCAUUUUAAAAUGAGUUCUCAAAUGGCCUCACCGAACCAUGCAGCUAUUGGUGUUGUGAAACAGCACAAAGCAGAUGGUAUGGAUAAAAUGCUAGAUAUUAUUUCGGUACAUGCCUGAAUUGGGUUUCUUUUUUUGUUCUGGGAAAGGGUGAACGUGUACAUAUGCCAUUAGUGUUKUUUUGCUUUGUAGAUUUUGUUGAAACAUUGACACAUGGCUAUACAGUACUAGUCAAAAAUGGACACCUACUCAUUCAAGGGUUUUUCUUUAUUUGUGCUAUUUUCUACAUUGUAGAA